CGUCGUGAUCUAAUUCGUGAGGAGAUUUAACAGAAUUUACCUGGGUGUUUUAAUUCUGGUCUAUGAAAAGAAGAGGUGUUUACAUAAACACGUGUUUUUGCUCGAACGUAGAGGAACUUAGAGAACAUUCAGAAAAGAGCUUUGUUUCAAAUGCUAAUUGCCCGUUCGUAAUAGGCGGCAGACUGGUGUAUUAGGUUAGCUAACAAAAUCAAAUAUGACGGCCUCGGUGUUUUUCGGAUGUACAUUCAUUGCAUUCGGCCCAGCGAUUGCACUAUUUUUGUUUACAAUCGCCCGGGAUCCACUCCGAGUGAUCUUUCUCAUCGCGGGGGCAUUUUUCUGGCUGGUGUCUCUGCUGCUGUCCUCGCUUGUGUGGUUCGUCACAGUUCAGAUGAGUAAUAGGGAGAGCGCUGCUCAGCAGAAAGGCCUGCUUAUAUUCGGAGUGGUCCUGUCAGUGUUGCUGCAAGAGGCUUUCCGUUUCGGCUACUACAAACUACUAAAAAAAGCAAAUGAAGGUUUACUGGUACUCAGUCAGGAGGAAACAAUGCCAAUCUCCAUAAGACAGCUAGCCUAUGUGUCUGGUUUGGGGUUUGGAUUCAUGAGUGGAGCAUUUUCAGUAGUCAACAUUCUCGCUGAUUCUGUGGGUCCAGGGACUGUUGGUAUCCAUGGUGACUCUCAGCAUUAUUUCAUAUCAUCAGCCUUCAUGACCCUGGCAAUGAUCCUGUUACAUACCUUUUGGGGUGUUGUCUUCUUUGAGGCGUGUGAGAAGGAGAGGUGGGGGUCGCUUGCCGCUGUUGUCCUGAGUCACCUGCUCGUGUCCUGCCUGACCUUUGCAAACCCACAUUAUGAAGGCAGCCUCAUCCCCACCUACAUCAUCCUGUCUCUGAUGGCAACGUGGGCAUUCUUCUGUGCCGGCGGAUCCCUCCGGAAUCUCAAACUCUGUCUCACGUGCAAAGACAAAGACUUUCUCUUGGCAAAUCACAGGCCCAGAUAACCUCUUAGCGCCAAUGACGGACUCUCUCCAAAGCUAGAGACAGACGCUCAGAGAGCCAGCUGGCCAUUAGGGCUCGAGCCCCUUCACUCUUUUAACAGGAUGUCCUUGGAUUUAGUCUUUCUAUAGUAAUGGGCAUAGGCUGACGGACACAUUGUCUGCAAGUCAUUUCUUCUGUUUUCUCUACCCCACCCCCCCCCUCCCUUUCCUUUCCCCCAUGUUAAAUAACUUCACUCAUCCUUCACUUCCACUGCUGAGAGUAUUCACUGUAUGUCUGACAUCACUGGGCCUUUACUCUCACAGUGUGAAUGGGUUUGUGAAUGCUGCCUAUGUUAUGGUGUUAAUCCAUAACUUCUGUAGCUGCACUCUUAGUUUAUGUGAACUCCUUGUUUUCACUUAUUCCCUCUCCUGCAGACUCCACAUCUUGGUUUGGUGUAUGUUCUGCUUUGUGUGGACAUGUUAUAGGCUCUAAGGUUUAGAGCUUGGUGAUAUGGCCCAAAAUCCAUAUCGCAAUAAACUGACCUAUUUACCUCUGUAACAAUAAAUACAAUGAUAAAUAAGGACACACAAACAAGCAAACAGAAAACACACAAACAAGCAAACAGAAAACUCUGGAACUUAAGUGCUAGUGCAUCUCCUUUUCUGGUAUAUAAGCUCUAUUUUUUCUCCAAUUAAGAGUCGUUUAAUUUGCUCUUUUAAUUCAACUGGCAACGACUGGCAGUAUCACAUGGGGGCGGUAUUCCCAACAGGUGUACAGUUGUAUAAUACAUAGCUGUGAUUGGCUGCUGUAGUUUUGGUUUGAAGCAAAAGGCAGAAAUGAAUGCUUUGAGGUGAGGUGUUUGUUGUUGUAGUUGUUGUUGUUUUUGCUCUGUCAGUGAAAACAUAGUUACAAAGUACAUAUUUUGUUCUGAGAUCAAGGAGCCAAGUGUUGCAUAGGAACGUUUUGUAGUACAAUUACCGGCAAAAGAAGAGCUUUGUCAGUGAGACACCUAUAAUGACAGGUUGGAUAAAUGUUCCUGUGUAGUUUUCAGCUCUGCUUUUAGAUGUAAAUGUAUGCGGUUGAUGGGUUUUGUGUCUGAUUCUGUGCCUUCAGUCAAGGACGAUCAAAACCCCCAUUCCACCAGCGGACUUGUUGAGGGGUUGCCAGAAAUUUUUGAUGAUUUUUUUUUUUUUUUUAACAUAAUAACAGAUAAGUAUAAAUUGCAUAACUUCAUUUCUCAUGACUUUAUUUCCCGCCCAUGCUGAAAUGUUCUGUAAGUGUGUUUUUGGGUGAGGGUUUGUGCAAUAUGCUGUUCUUAGAACACAGACAUGAGCAGUAUGUUACAGAGUAAAUAGUCAUGUGUAGCUGACUACUGGAUGCUUUCACUUUUCUGGCUCGCAAAGAGCUGAGCCCUCUUUACGAGGGGCGAUAGACGAGCUUAAAGGUAGUGUACUACUACUGAUGAUGACGAUGAUGAUGAUGAUCGUGAUCAUGAUGAAGCUCUGAUUGUAAAGAUCAGUUUAAAAAGGGAGAGUGAUGAUGUGUGAAAUACCCCUGAUAAAAAUUGUGCUUUUGUAAACAUGCCUUCAUGUGAAACCCUGCCUGAUACUGAUAGCCAUAAUGAAUCUAAGAUUUCUGCUUCAAACUAUGAAAGGCUACAUGGAACGAUGCCUAGCCAUGGCCUUAAACGCUGACUUACUCAUGCAUGCUCCAGUGUACUGGUGGAACUGGGGCUACUGGUCACUUUCUUUACAUUACUUUCCUGCCCAUCUCCACUUGUCAUUAUGACAAAUACCUCACAAAAUCCUAAUAUUUUGUUUCCUCUUUGAAGGGCUGCUAGUGGACAGUGUAGCAGUUCUACUGCAGUAUCUCUCUCGUCAUCUCAGUCGUGUGUCAAAAUCCUGCCCCUGUUUAAACCGCUUUAGAACCACUCACUAUAAAUUCUAUCCUCAGUUUUCAAAUAAAUUGACUUUCAGAUUGAUUUAAACAUCAGUUUUUUCUCUUCUAAGUCUCAGUGUGUUGUAAAUAAUUUUUGUUGUUAUCUCUUCCUCUUUAUCUGAAACUUAGAAGUGACAUAAACACUUAAUGUAUACUUUCGAUCCUACUUUCUCAUGUGUUUUUGAUGGUCUCCUCUCAAGUCCCAUGUAUCAGUUUUUAAAGGAUGCAAUUUCAUAUAAUCCUCAGGCAGUUUCAGGUAUAAUAUCUUGUCAAAUUGCUAUAAUAGGCUGCUCCUCCCUUCCAGCUGUCCUCAUCAGCAAUGUCACUGAUGUUUCAUUCUUCACCCUGUUGUUUUCAUCUCACUUUCUCUCGUCUCAUGCUCUGUUUUCUAUGAAGCAGCCUGGUGGCAAUCCUUGAUUAAA